AAGCCGCGGUCACAUGACGGGAAGCGUUUGCGUUUUCAGCUGCAACCCGAUCUAAGGAUAGUCGGAAAUCGCACAUCCAGGUGUUCAUCCCGUAAUGGGGGACAUGAAGACCCCAGAUUUUGAUGACCUGCUGGCAGCAUUUGACAUUCCGGACAUCGACGCCAAGGAGGCCAUCCAGUCCGCACCGGAUGAGGUGGAGGGACCUCAUGGGCCCACCGCGGCGCCUCUUGGGAAGACAGACAACACGGUGGGGUUGCCUAGCCCCUCUGACCCACAGGCGGACACGUCCAUCGUGAGCGUGAUUGUAAAAAAUAAAGUGCGCGCCGAGAUGACGGCAGGUGAAGAAGACGGAGACGCAGAACCAGAUGCCAUUGAUGUAAUCGCAGGGGUGGAUGUGGGUCCUCAUCUUGGCGGGAUGGCAGAAUCUGAUGUUCUCAACCACAACGGUUUCGGGGUGUCCAGCGUCUCUGCCGCGCUUUCCGUCAGCCAGUCCAAUGGUGCCCCGUGGCCCCUUAACACCCCUAAAGCAUCAGCGGAGACUUCAGGCUCGGGCGCGGUUGCGGUCAAGUCCACCAAGCAGGCAGGGAACAUUUUUAACAGACUGAAGCCUCUGCUGGGCCCCGGUUCUGGAGAUCCGGUGGGCCGGGCGAGGAAGAUGCAGCUUCUGCAGCAACAGCAGCAGGAAGCGGGGCAGGAGAGAGCGGACAGCCUCAAAGCAGCACUACCCUCCGGGUCUUCUGCAGGACUGGCCCCGGCUUACUUCCCGCCUGCAAAGCCUCUUCCCGCCCCACCUGCCGCCCUUUCAUCACACAUCAAGCAUUUUAACGGAGCCCCCAAAAUGGCAGACUAUCAACACCAACAAAUGGAGGAGGAAGAGGAGGAGGAUUCAGAUGCAGAUUUAGACAGUCCACUGGUGAUUCAGGAGAAUCCGGACUCGCCGGUUUCCACUCAGAUGAACCGUCGUUACAAGGAUCUAACCCAGCCUACGUCAUCCACUCCGCCUCAUCCAAAGCCAGGGUACACCCCCCAGGGGGCGUCUCUCACCCCUGAGUCGGUCUCUGCAGGGAACGAGACCCCUCAGCUGGAAGAGAAGCACCCAGAGCACGUUAUCGAGGAAAGAGACUCGCCAGAGAGCCCCGAGCCGGAGGCACCCAAGUCAACCGCCCAAGUGGCGUCCACCAAGAGGUGUUGCAGCCCCGCUGUUGCCUCCACGCCGCCUUCUUCUGAGUUGAGGGAGCCCAAGGAGGAGGAGGAGGAGAUGGAAGUGGGGAAUGGGAUGGACAAAACGUUCGAUGGGAACGCUGACAAGCCAGAAAAUGCGGGCGAGGAAAAGACCGAGGCGGACGAGGGCAAGCCAAAAGGCGUCCUCCCCGAGGGUUUCUUAGUCGCCGCCCCGGCUGCCCCAGGGGCUCCGUCACGUCCUCUCAAAGUGCGCAUAAAGACAAUCAAGACGUCCACGGGUGGCAUCACCAGAACGGUGACAAGGGUGGCCCCGAAGGGUGCUGCCGGAGGCAAAGGUCCCGACCCAAAAGGGGGCAGUGAGCGCAGGGUGUUGGCAAACAAAGCUCAAAAGGCAGACCAGCAGCAGAACGUGAGCGCCUUAAACGCCUUACCGGUGUCCACGCUCGCCGCCAGCAGCGUCAUGCUCGCCGCCGCCACCAAAGUACAAAACAAAAUAGCCACCACCUCCGACAAGGCGAAGGUUUCCGUCACCGCUGUGAACAUCACAAAAUCCGCCGCUCUGCCCGCCACUCCCGCCGUGGCCUCGUCGCCCAAGUUCUCGGGGAUCAGCGUGCGGACGGCAGCGAAAGCUUCGCCCAACGGCGCCGGCGGUACCCCCCAGUCAAAUAAGCCCGCAUCCAUCGUCAACAGCACGGGCGCCGUCAUCUCCCGUAGCCAGUCCAGCCUGGUGGAGGCUUUUAACAAGAUUCUCAACAGCAAGAACCUGUUGCCCAGCUACAAACCGGACCUGUCGGCGGCACCGCCCCCGGAGUGGGGGCUCCCGCUGCCGGCGUCCGGCUACCGCUGUCUGGAGUGCGGGGACGCCUUUGCUUUGGAGCGAAGCCUGGCACGCCACUACGACCGGCGCUCCCUGCGCAUCGAGGUGACGUGCAACCACUGCGCCAAGCGACUGGCCUUCUUCAACAAGUGUAGCCUUCUGCUGCACGCCCGCGAACACAAGGAGCGAGGCCUGGUCAUGCAGUGCUCGCACCUGGUCAUGAGGCCCGUCACCGUGGAGCAGAUGAUCGGCCAGCAGGACGUCACGCCCGUCGGUAGUGUGCUUUCCUCUUCAUCCCCCUCUACCGCCUCUUCGUCCGCCGCCGGCUCCAGCCCGAUGAAGGACGGAGCGGCACCGCCCGGCGGAGCUCCACUCCGACAGGUGCGCCGCCCCCCUCAGGGCCCACAGGCACUUAUGCCGCUGCCCUGCAAGAAGGCCGAGAACCUGCAGUACAACAACUACAAGUGUCCGGAGUGCCAGACGCAGUUCUCCGGCAAGGCGGCGCUGGUCACGCACUUCCAGCAGAUCAGAGCUUCGCCCAAUUCGACGUGCUCCCAGUGCUCUCCGCCAAUGAUGCUGCCCAACUCGUGCGCCGUAUCCGCCCACCAGAGGAUCCACAAGCACAAGGCGCCUCACGUGUGCCCCGAGUGCGGGGGUGUGGCGCGGCAGGCCGUCUUCCAGACCCACCUGGAUGAGGCUUGCCUGCACUUUGCCAGGCGCAUCGGCUACAGGUGCUCAAGUUGCCAGGUGGUGUUUGGCGGGUUGAACUCCAUCAAGUCUCACAUCCAGACGGCCCACUGCGAGGUCUUCCACAAAUGUCCCAGCUGCCCCAUGGCCUUCAAGUCGGCCCCGAGCGCCCAAAGCCACAUCGGCACGCAGCACCCGGCGCUCACCGGCGGACAGGCCAAGAUGAUCUACAAGUGUGUGAUGUGUGACACCGUUUUCACCCAAAAGCCCUUGCUCUACAUGCACUUUGACACGCAUCUGGCCAAGCAGAAGGUGCACGUGUUCAAGUGUCCCGACUGCACCAAGCUGUAUGCGCAGAAAGGCUCCAUGAUGGAGCACAUCAAGACGGCGCACAGAGGCCCCGCGGCAAAGCAGGAAGCCGCAUCUGACACCCCUACCGCCGCAGUCCCCGCAACCGGUCCCAAGGCCAAGCCCUCCGCCAAGCCCGACAACUCCGACGGCGAGGACUGGGGGCGAGAUCACGAGGAGGAAGAGGACGAUGACGAGGAGGAGGAAGACGACGACGAUGGGGACGAAGACUACGAAGGGCCCGGCUCGGGGACGGCGGGAGCCGCCCCCGGCGCCCCCACUGAGUGGACGUGCCCGCAGUGUCAGAGCACCUUCACCGACAAUGACGACUAUAUCAGCCACGUCAAGUUGGAGCACGGAAAGUUCCCCUGUCGCAUUUGCGGGGGGAACUUCAGCACAUCAUCCAGCCUCAGACGUCAUGAGAGAGUCAUUCACGAGGGCAACAAAAGGGUCUUCCAUUGCCAGUAUUGCACGGAGGGUAAACGCACCUUUGGCAGCCGCUUCCUGCUGGACAAACACAUCCGGCUCAAGCACAGAGGCACCGAAGGACAGGCAGUCCCGAUGACCCGGAAGCGUGCUGCCACAGGCGCAGAAGGUCCUGGCAGCUCCUCGGAGCAAGACGGCGAGGGGGCCGCUCCUGGCAGCAGGCCAGUGGACGAGGAAGACAACCCCCCGGAGGACGGCGAGGAAGGGGGCGCAGGCCCCGCCAAGAGAACCCGGGCCUCGGCCGAGCCGGAGGAGGAGAGCGGCAGCGUGUUCCGCUGCGUGCCGUGCGGCUUCUCCACGGAGGACGGCGCCGAGUUCCAGCGCCACAUCCCGCAGCACCGCGCCGACACCGCCUCCUUCCAGUGCCUGCAGUGCGGCGUGUGCUUCGCAUCGGCCGGCUCGCUGGGCCGGCACCGCUUCAUCACCCACCGCGUGCGGGACGCCCAGGGCGAGUUGGACCGCUCCGCAGGACGAGCAUCCCCGGACGGCUCGCCCCACGCCGGCGGUGCCUCGCCUCAAGCUCUGGGCGAGGAAGGUGACGGCAACCUGAUCUGCAGGGUGUGCGGGCGCCGCUUCGACAAGGCGUCGGAUCUCAACACCCACUUCCGGACCCACGGCAUGGCCUUCCUCACCGCGCACAAGACGGACAAGCCCCAGUAGGACACAACCAAACCCCAGUUGUGAGAACCACUGCUCUCGAAUGUUUGAACGAUCCCACUCUUGUUGCAUGCCUGGACAUCCUCCCUUUUGAGCGAAACCUUUUCGCUGCACGGCCGCCAUUCUACUGACCUCCCUGGAACUUGGAUUUGUACUCGUAAUAUUUAUUAUUUAUCGAACACUGCUGCGAGCUGGCCAGGAUCAUUUGUGAUGUUGUUGUUCAUUAAGACAGUAGAAGAAGAGGAGGAACAAGUGGGUAGUAUGUGCUUUUUGUUCUGUAAAUACAUAAUUACACUACAAGAAAAAAAAAAACUUAUGAUAAUGUGAAUACGUGUAGUAUUUGUACUGUACUGUUCCUUUUUAUUCCAAGUAUUAAACAAACACCCUACUAGGAGGAAGUCAAUGUGUAUCGAUACAUUUCUUUUAUAACACUUGGAAGAAGAAAAAAAAACAUUUGUCUUGUUUUUAUCUUUUUAUAUAUGUGUCAUAUCAUAUUUAUAUAGCUGGAUGAUAAUAGUGGAACGUUCAUGUUUUUUUUUCCAUGGUUGUGGUCUGCUUGCUGAAAAUGCCAUACGUUCACUUUUGUGCAGUUUUCAAAUAAAUGUCAAAAAGAGA